AUGUACACUCCUUUUGAUCCAGAUAGCCCUGAAAAUCAGCGCAUGAUUAACAUGGCCUUAGUUAGUCAAAGCGCAGAAGAUACCAGGAGAAAAUUGCAGAAACAGGCUGGGUUUGUGGGUAUGAAUACCUCACAGUUACUGGAAAUAAUCAAUCAAGUGUUUGUGAACAGAGAUGCAACAAGCUGCAGAGAAAGCCCCAGGGACCAAGAACUACCGGCCAGCACAGGACUUGCGCUUGGUCAACCAAGCUACAGUGACUCUGCACCAACAGUUCCUAACCCUUACACAUUGUUAGAGCUGCUGCCAGCUGAGGACAGCUGGUUUACCUGUCUGGACUUAAAAGACACCUUCUUUAGCAUCAGACUAGCUCCUGAGAGCCAGAAGCUGUUUGUCUUUCAAUGGGAAGAUCUGGGGUCAGGUGUCACUACUCAGUACACAUGGACCUGGCUUCCCCAAGGGUUCAAGAACUCCCCUACUAUCUUCAGGGAGGCCCUGGCUCGAGACCUGCAAAAGCUUCCUGCUGAAGACCUAGGCCGCGUCUUGCUCCUGUACGUGGACGACGUUCUGCUGGGACAAUCCACAGCAGUCGGGUGCACAAAAGGGACGGAUGUCCUGCUUUGGCACCUGGAAGACUGUGGAUAUAAGGUGUCCAAGAAGAAAGCUAAGAUCUGCAGACAGCACGUACGCUACCUGGGAUUCACUAUUCGGAAAGGGGAGCACACCCUGGGGUCAGAAAGAAAGCAGGUCAUCUGCAACCUACCAGAACUUAAAACCAGAAGGCAAACAAGAAGCUACAGUUGAUGGAAACUCUGUAAGAGUUGUGAAGAGGUCUUCAGGGAGCUGUUUUUCCUUAAGACACACAUGAGAGCUCAGAAUGGAGGGAACACUUUUGAGGGUAAUUGUUAUGGAAAAGACAUCCUUAGUGUGCACAAGGAAGCCUCUAUUGGACAGGAACUUUCUAAAUUUAAUCUAUGUGAAAAAGUCUUCACCCUAACUCCAGGGCUUGCUGAACAUCUUGAAGUUCUCAAUGCAAGACAACCGUACAAAUGUAAGAAAUGUGGAAAAGGCUUUAAGUGUUUUGCAAGCCUUGAUAAUCACAUGGGAAUUCAUGCUGGUAAGAAACUUGAAUUUCAGGAAUGUGGGAGAACCAUCACACCCUCCUCACACCUAAAGCAGUGUGUAACAGUUCAUACUGGAAAGAAAUUCAAAAAGACUAAGAAAUAUGGGAAAUCCUUCACUAAUUUUUCUCAACUUUAUGCACAUGUGAAAACUCAUAAAGAGGAGAGUCCCUUUGAUUGUAAAGAAUGUGGAAUUUCCUUUAGAAAUUCCUCAUAUGUUAAUGAUCACAUUCAAACUCCAACUGGAGUAAAACCACACAAAUAUACAGACUGUGGGAAAGCCUUCACUAGAUCAACUCAACUUACUGAACAUGUAAGAACUCACACUGGGGUAAAACCCUAUGAAUGUAAGGAAUGUGGGAAAGCCUUCACUCAGUACACGGGCCUUGCUAUACACUUACGAAGUCACAGUGGAGAGAAACCCUAUCAGUGUAACAAAUGUGGAAAAGCCUUCACUAGAUCCUCAGGCCUUACUCAACAUACAAUAAUUCAGAUGGGAGAGAAGCCUUAUGAAUAUGUUGAAUGUGGGAAAACCUUCAUUACUUCUUCCCAUCGUACUUAACAUUUGAAAACUCAUAGUGGAGAAAAACCCUUUGUAUGCAAGAUAUGUGGGAAAGCAUUUAUAUAUUCCUCAUCCCUUAAUAUUCACCUGCAAACUCAUACUGGAGAGAAACCCUUCAUAUGUAAAGAAUAUGGGAAAGCAUUUAUUGUUUCCUCACACCUAGGUAGACAUAAAAGAAUUCACACUGGGGAGAAACCCUAUGAAAAUAAGGGUAUGAGUGUUACCAUUUAG